AUGACUAGAACUAAUAAAUGGACACAGCAUGAGGCCAAGGCUGUGCCAAAAUACUUCACCCAUACUGGUAACUUUGGUGAGUCACCAAACAAUGUCAAGAAACAAGGAUCCGGUAAGGGAAAUUGGGGGAAAGCGGGUGAUGAAAUUAAUGACCUGAUCGACUCAGGGGAAAUUCCUGGCGUUUUCAAUAAGGUCAGAAGGGGCUCAAACUCUCAAUCUAUCGAGAACAACUUCGAACGUGUCCAGCAUCAUGAAGAGUAA